AUAGGAAGUGAAAUCAAAUAGAUGUUGGUGAGUACCCCACGGCAACCAUUGCUUCAUUUCAUUGGUUCAGAGUGAACUCUAAUCUGGAAGCCUUCCUUAGGUCAUUCCUGCUUCUGGGAUCAAACUCUAUGUUGUGCUUAAGAAAUGUGUCACAUGAGACACAGUGAAUCACAAGACAGAGAUAUUUACAUAUUGCAUAAAUAUUUUAUUAUAUUUCAAGAUGACCAUAUAUACUUGGACAUAUCUGGACUUCAAAUUUGCUAGAACUUAGUUGCGUCCCAAGCUGGCUAGUAUCUGGACAUUCAUCAUUUCUGUUUGGAGGAAUGAAGAGGAACAGUUUAUCUGUUGAGAAUAAAAUUGUCCAGUUGUCAGGAGCAGUGAAACAGCCAAAACUUGGGUUCUACUCUUCUCUCAACCAGACUCAUACACACACGGUUCAUCUAGACUGGGGGAGUUUGCCUCACCAUGUAGUAUUACGAAUUUUUCAGUAUCUUCCUUUACUAGAUCGGGCCCGUGCAUCUUCUGUAUGUAGGAGAUGGAAUGAAGUUUUUCAUAUUCCUGACCUUUGGAGAAAGUUUGAAUUUGAACUGAACCAGUCAGCUACUUCAUAUUUUAAGUCCACUCAUCCUGAUCUCAUUCAGCAGAUCAUUAAAAAGCAUUCUGCCCAUCUUCAAUAUGUCAGCUUUAAGGUUGACAGUAGUAUCGAGUCAGCAGAAGCUGCCUGUGGUAUACUCUCUCAGCUGGUAAAUUGUUCCAUCCAGACCUUGGGCUUGAUUUCAACAGCCAAGCCAAGUUUCAUGAAUGUAUCAGAGUCUCAUUUUGUGUCAGCACUUACAGUUGUUUUUAUCAACUCAAAAUCAUUAUCAUCAAUCAAAAUUGAAAAUACACCGGUGGAUGAUCCUUCAUUGAAGAUUCUUGUGGCCAAUAAUAGUGACACUCUAAGACUCCUAAAAAUGAGUAGCUGUCCUCAUGUUUCAUCUGAUGGAAUUCUUUGUGUAGCUGAUCAUUGUCAAGGCCUUAGAGAACUGGCGUUGAAUUAUUACAUCCUAACUGAUGAACUUCUCUUUGCGCUCUCAAGCGAGACUCAUGUUAACCUUGAACAUCUUCGAAUUGAUGUUGUGAGUGAAAAUCCUGGACAGAUUAAAUUUCAUGCUAUUAAAAAACACAGUUGGGAUGCACUUAUUAAACAUUCCCCUAGAGUUAAUGUUGCUAUGUACUUCUUUCUAUGUGAAGAGGAAUUUGAGAUGUUCUUCAAAGAAGAAACCCCUGUUACUCACCUUUAUUUUGGUUGUUCAGUCAGCAAAGUGGUUUUAGGACGGAUAGCUCUCUACUGUCCUCGACUGACUGAGUUAGUGGUGUGUGCUAAUGGUCUUCAGCCUCUUGAUAAUGAACUUAUUUGUGUUGCUGAACACUGUACAAACCUAAAAGCCUUGGGCCUCAGCGAAUGUGAAGUCAGCUGCAGUGCCUUCGUCGAGUUUGUAAGACUGUGUGGGAGAAGGCUAACACAGCUCUCUAUAAUGGAGGAAGUUUUGAUCCCUGAUGAGGAUUAUAGCCUAGAUGAAAUUCACACUGAAGUCUCCAAAUACCUGGGAAGAGUAUGGUUCCCUGAUGUGAUGCCUCUCUGGUAAUUGGCUACCAAAGAUUCCGAAAUUGUUGUUUUUUUUAGAUCAGUAUGAUUAGCUGCUUUCUAUCUAAGCAAAUGUAAAUUUUAAAAUGUGUUGCUGACAUAUUUUAGGUCAAAUAUUUGAUUGUUUGCAAAGUGUCUUAAUGGAUUGCUGCAGAAA